ACAACUUUGGUUCUUGAGCACAGAAUUACUUGGAUUUUUUUUCAUUUGUAUAAUUAUCACUCAUCUGAAAACCUUUACAAUUGGCAGUUUCUUGAUUUCAUGAACAGUGUGAUUCAUCAUGAAGCUGGAGGUGCCAAACAGCUUUGAAGAUGUUGCUGUUGAGUUUUCAAGUGAGGAAUGGAAGAUGCUGAGUGAACAUGACAAAGAUCUACACAGGGAGGUGAUGGUAUGCAACUAUGAGAACAUGAUUUCUUUAGGUUAUGACAUUCCUUUGUAUAAACUUUUGUUGCUUAUUGAGAAAGAUGACACAAUUCAAUCUGCUGAGACUGAAGGAACAGCAACAUUACAACCAAGGCAACUUCCUGGUAACAGGACCAUCAUGACCAGGAAUGGAGAAUUCGGAGUCUUCCAGAAUCUGCAGUCAUCCUAUGGAAAACUCAGGGAUGGAGAAUGUGACGGAGCUCUGCCUGAUGAGAUGCUUAUCACAAGGCAAUUUCCAGUGAAGACGGAAACUAGAGAUGAUAACUGUAGGCAAAGUAAUGAGGACUUUGACAUGAAAACUGAAUUAGAAAAGCAUCUGCAAGCUGAAGCAGAGGAAACGCCAUGCAGCUGGCUUAACCAUGGAAACAGUGUAACAUUUUAUAGUAACAGUGUAACUGAUCCUCUAAGUGACAGUGGGGAAAACAAAAAGAAUACCCCCCCAACGCAUAAACAAGCACUCAUUAGGCAGGCUUUGCAUGAAGGUGUUAUGAAUGCCAAAGGUUUUACAGAUGGGAAAAACUUAGCACUGCAGAAGAUCAUUCGUACUGGUCAGAAUAACUUUACCACAUGUGACAAAAGUUUUACACAGAAUAAUGACAUGCCAGCACUUCAGAAUGUCCACAUUUGGCAAAAGGAUCAUCAGAAUAUCCACACUAGCCUAACACCCUGUAAAUGUACCACAUGUGACAAGAGUUUUGCAUACAAAGGCAAUAUGUUGAAUCAUCAGAUACACUGUGGGCAGCAGCCAUAUAAAUGUUCCGUGUGUGACAAGAGUUUUGUACAUAAGACUCACAUGGUUAGACAUCAGUAUAUCCAUAGUGAGCAAAAACCAUAUAAAUGUACCAUAUGUGACAGGAGUUUCGUACAGAAGGGUCUACUGGUACUUCAUCAGAAGGUGCAUGCAGGGCAGAAACCAUACAAAUGUACCACAUGUGACAAGAGUUUUGCACUAAAGGGAAAUCUUGUCCAACAUCAGAGGAUCCACACGAGCAUGGAAAUCUAUAAAUGCACCAUGUGUGAUAAGAGUUUUGUAUACAAAAGCAAUUUGGUGACUCAUCAGGGGCUCCACACUGGGCAGAAGCCAUAUAAAUGUUCCAUGUGUGACAAGAGUUUUAUAAGGAAGAACCAACUGGCACUUCAUCAGAAGAUGCAUACAGAGCAGAACCCAUACAAAUGUGCCACGUGUGACAGGAGUUUUGUGUACAAAGGCAGCAUGUUGAAUCAUCAGAUACACUGCGGGCUGAAGACAUAUAAGUGCACCGUGUGUGACAAGAGUUUUGUAAACAAAAGCAGUUUGGUGACUCAUCAGAGGCUCCACACUGAGCAGAAGCCGUAUAAAUGUUCCAUGUGUGACAAGAGUUUUGUACAUAAGAGUCACAUGGAGAGGCAUCAGUAUAUCCAUAGCGCUCAGAAACCAUAUAAAUGUACCAUGUGUGACAAGAGUUUUGCAUACAAAAGCAGUGUGGUGAUUCAUCAGAGGCUCCAUAGUGGACAGAAGCCAUAUAAAUGCACCAUGUGUGACAAGAGUUUUGUAUGGAAGAACUGUCUGAUGAUACAUCACUAUACCCACAGUGGGCAGAAGCCAUAUAAGUGCACCAUGUGUGACAAGAGUUUUGUGAUGAAGAGUCGACUGGUACUUCAUCAAAAGAUGCACUCUGGGCAGGGACCAUAUAAAUGUACCUUGUGUGACAAGAAUUUUUUAACAAAGAAUUGCUUGAUGAUACAUCACUAUACCCAUAGUGGGAAAAAGCCAUAUAAAUGCACCAUGUGUGACAAGAGUUUUGUGAUGAAGAGUCAGCUGGUACUUCAUCAAACAAUACAUUCUGGGCAGAAACCAUAUAAAUGUACCAUUUGUGACAAGAGUUUUGUAUACAAAAACAGUAUGGUGCUUCAUCAGAAGCUCCACAGUGGGCAGAAGCCAUAUAAAUGCACUAUGUGUGACAAGAGUUUUGUAACAAAAACUCGGUUAAUGAUACAUCAGUAUUCUCAUAGUGGGGAGAAACCAUAUAAAUGCACCAUGUGUGACAAGAGUUUUGUAAGGAAGUUUUGCUUGAUUAAUCAUCGCUAUACCCACAGUGGGCAGAAGCCAUAUAAAUGCACCAUGUGUGACAAGAGUUUUGUGCAGAAGAGUAGACUGAUAUGCCAUCAGACCAUGCACACUGGGCAUAAACCAUAUAAAUGCACCAUGUGUGACAAGAGUUUUGUAACAAAGAGUCGACUGUUAUGCCAUCAGAGCAUGCAUACUAAGCAGAAACCAUAUAAAUGCAGCCUGUGUCACAAGACUUUUGGUUACAGAAGCAGCUUGGUGACUCAUCGAAGGGUGCACGCUGGGCAGAAGCAGUAUAAAUGCACCGUGUGUGAUAGGAAUUUUGUUCAGAAGAGUCUACUGGUUCUUCAUCAGAAGAUGCAUACUGACUCUGAAUGGAGACAAGAUAAAUCAGCAAGAAACGGAGAGUAGUAUUGUUGGAACUGAAUUCAUCCUCAAGUCUUGGUGAGUACCUUCAAGAGGUGGACCCUAUUUUUCA